GGGAACCAUGGGAGGAUCUCAGGUGGCUCUUAAUGGAGCCAUACAUUUCCAUUGCCGGCUCUAGAUUCCCCCAGGCUGCUGUGAGAGGGUGGACGGCGGGUGGAGGGGGGAGGACAGCAGGUAUAAGAGGCGGGUAUGGCUGUAGGACAGCAGAUGGCAGCAUGGACUCCAGGCAGGCAGCAGGGCUGCUGGUGGUGCUGCUGUUAAUAAUAGAGGGGGGCCAUGCUGAAGGACCAGGGCGCCAGGAUGGAGAUCAGAUCUCAGAGGAGGACAACAAACCCUGCCCACCACCGGAUGCCCAGACCCCUGGGUCGCUCUUGUGCUUCCUGCUCCAGACCAUACAGAGACCCAGCCGGGGCUCAGCCUUCCUUUUUCAGCCCCAGAGGUUUGGCAGAAACACCCGCAGCUCCUGGAGUAAUGACCGGCUGAGUCCCCGAGCUGCGGAGGGGCUGAGCUCGCCCUUCUGGAGCCUGGCUGCCUCUCAACGCUUUGGGAAGAAGUGAUAUGUCAUCCUUUGAUGUUUGCAUGUGAGGCCCACACCUAAAAAUGCCAUCCAUGUGUACCCCCUAAAUAAAGUAGUCUGGCUUCUGAAUCCA